GACGUCCUCAAAGAGUCACGUGACACGGAGUUCCGGUCUCGAGCAUCAUGGUCGGGAAGAUAAAGCACGUCCGGCAGAAGCUGCACCAGGAGGCGGUAAAGCUCCGCGGACCGGACCGGACCCCGCAGGCGGGACCCGAGACGGUUCUGCCGGGGAUCGCGCGUCCCGCCGCGGUCCUGCCUGCCGGAAAAGCUCCGCUGGGAGAAAAGGUUCCGACCCAAACAAGCGCACGUGCGCAGCAGGUUCUGUCUGGGAGUUCUUUCCCCUCCAGCAUCUUUGUCGGCACCAAGAUCUCUGCAGAAACGCUGGUUCAGAGACUGGACCAUCCGGAACCGGCAGAUGUUCCACAGAUCACCAGCAAAGGUUCUGAGGAGGAGAAGAAGGCCAAGUCAAAGAAGGAGAAGAUGAAGGAGAGGAGGGAGCGCUGGUUGAGCAAGAUCAGCUCCAUCAAGCAAGUGAAAGAGCAGCAGCUAGCUGAGGCGCGGCGGAAAGCCACGCCCGUGGUGGGGGACAUGCGGCCGCUGGCCGACGCCCUCCCGCAGCUGAGCGAGCUGAUGGCUCCUGCAGCCGCGGCGCCCACGUCGCGUCGCAAGAGCCGCAAAAACAAGCUGCCCGUGAAGAAAGCCGUCCCCACGGACUUCAGCCAGAUGAAGCAAGCCCAGAAACGCCGGCUCCUGGAGACGGAGAGCCUGAGCUUCAGCAGAGCGGUGAAGGCGAUGGCCACCAUGAAGAACCCUCUGGCCGACAUCGGAGAGCAGCUGAGGAAGAGGAUGAGGCAGGAGGAAGAGCAGGCCCCCAGCUAGCAAUCGUGACGGUCCUCCACAGACUCUCUGAGUCCGCUCUGGUGAUCGUGGUGGAGCCAAGAUGAGCCUCAGUUUAUGUUUAAAUGGUGCAAACGCUUCAGGUGUCAGAGCGUGGAAGCUCUCAUGGACGGAGAUAAAGGUCUGGACGAGGAUGCGACCGAGGGGUCCAGAUGUUUCUAGGUCACGUUUGACUUUUUAGAGAAAAAACACGAAACAUCUGCUUGUAUUUGAUGUAAAACUCUCUUCCAGAUUUGAUCGGGAGCACAGAUUCAAUAAAAUAAUCAACAAAUGUCACUUUCAUCCUCAUCAGACCGACACACAUGAACACACACGGUCUUUAUCUGUGAGCAGGAAUUCCCAGACCUCCUCCGAGGUUUUCCAAGACCAGUCCAGCCAAUCACUUUGGAGUUAUCUCCUUAUGGUUUACUGUUAUUGAUGAAACGCCAGAGAUAACUAAGGAUCUGAGUGUACCAGACCCUUCUGGAAAGUUCUGGUGGUUCCUUAUUCAGCGCCUAAGACGACCUUUAAUCAGAACUAAAAAGGAGAAUCAGAUUUACUAAGCAUAAAAAUUCAGUGAAUAUAUAUUAUUUUAUCA